AUGAAUAUGUUUCAGAUUCGCGAUGCGAUAUUUCAGCGGGAUAACGAUGGCGUAUUCAUGUCCUCUCGCGGAGUUCAAGGCUUGACAGUGAGCGUUGUCUUCACAGCCUUAGCAACAUGUUUCGUCGCCGCAAGGAUGUAUACCCGCAUCAAGCUCAUGAGAAAGGUUGAAGCAAAUGACUGGAUGGUCAUCAUUGCCUUGGUCAACUCAUAUGUCUUCAUGGGACUGGAUAUAGUCGAAGCUCUCAGUGGAAUGGGUACACACAUCAAGGAUAUUCCACCAAACAUCCUCGAAAGACAGUUGAAGGCCUUCUGGCUCACAAUCCCAUUCUACAACGCCGCCGUUCUCUGUGCCAAAGCCUCAAUCCUGAUGCAAUACUUCCGCGUCUUCCCAACACAGCGCAUGCGCGUCGUCUGCUGGGUCAUGAUCACCAUCCUUGGUAUCUAUGGUACAUGGGCGGUAAUCAGUGCAUUCCUGAACUGUAUCCCCGUCGCCAAAUUCUGGGAUGAUUCAAUCCAAGGAUAUUGUUUGAGCAGGCCUGGUCUGUGGUUCUCGAACGCUAGUAUGCAUAUCGCAACCGAUCUCGCUAUCUUGAUCAUCCCCAUUCCGGCAUUGAUGGCAGUUGAUUUGCCUCGGAAGCAGAAGUUUGCGCUGAUGCUUAUGUUUGGUUUGGGUGGCUUGUGGGUUACUCUUACACCAAAUCAGCUCAGCCAUGAGAAUAUACCGCUGACCUUGUCCUCCAGUGUUUGCAUAACCAGUAUCGUCCGUCUAACCAGCCUCAAAAAGAUCGCAGACUCAACUGAUCCAACCUACGAUAACGUGGCCGCCGCCGCCUGGUCCGCAGUAGAAUGCAACACAGGAAUAAUUUGCGCCUGCCUCCCAACCCUGAAACCUCUUCUGGCACGCCUUUUCCCAGGAAUGAUGACAACUUUCAGCGCAAGCCGCCCAAGCUACGGCGACACAACACAACGUAACUCAACCUGGAACGGAGACGGCUCGACUCUUGGUGCGCCUGGUGAAGAUCCCGAGUAUGGUGCUGGUGACCCGGAACGUGUACUGGAGCUUGUUCCCGGUAACGGCAGUAACGGUUUUAGGAAUGAACAUGGCCAUGGGCAUGGCAUGAGUUGGUCUCAGGAGGAGAAGAAGGGGUUGACGCAGAUUUCUUCGAUUGCUGAUGCGAAUGGAUCCGGGCCUCAUGCUUCGCCUUCGUCUGAUUCGGUUGAUUCGAUGAGGCGUUGA